AUGGUGGAUGCCAUGAUGAAAGGUUUUGAGAUUGCAGAGGAGAAGGCUUGUAAGUUUCUCGAAGACACCCUCUUCCCAACAGUUAAGAUUGAGAUUGACGGGGAAAUCAAGGUUUUGGAUCUACAAGGUCAAACAGAUACAGAAGGGGAAAAAGUUAUGAGAGUAGAUUUUGAUAUACUGGAGAAGGAGAUAGAGAAGCUGAAGCAGAAAAGGGCAAAGCUUAUGAGAAACGGCCAAUAUGCGCAGGCUUUCGCUAUAGAUAAUGAUCUCAAGAAGGUGGAGGAUAAGAUGAAAUGGAUGGUGGAGCAUGAGAAGGAAACCUUUGGCGUGCUUCUCAAGGAUCUGCCGGAGGAACAGCAGAAACAAUGGGAAUACAGGUCCAUGCUGAUGCUUAUGUUUAUUGACAUGCUUGAUACUGUAGCGACGGAUGUCAAUUCCAAGCUACUCAAGCUGUCGGGAAUGUAUCUGUCCAUCUAUGAUGAUGUAAAGCAGAUAAAGAGGCUGUCCGCAAAGCUGGUCCACACGAUGGACGUGGACAGCAAGGAUGAUGAGAUGCGCUUUGAGUGGGGACAAUUGUCAGACAAGAUAUACAAGAUGGUUGAGAACAAGGCAAUAUCAUAUGUCAACAAGCGUUAUGAGAAGGACAGGAAAAGGGCUGAAAGAGCUCAGAAGAAAGCUGGAUAG